GAAUAACUAAAGUUGCUAUCGUAGUAUGAUAGCAGAUUGUACGAAAUAUAACCUAAAAAAUUUGCACGUUGAUAAGCAAUUAAAGAUGGAAAAUGGUCCUAGAAACUGGAAUACUUGCAAAAUUUAUGUACAUUGCAAUUGUGGUUGCAACUUAUUGGAUAAUUUCUAUAUUGACAGUAUUUGUAAAUAAAGCUCUUCUAUCCAGUAAUACUAUAAAUUUGGAUGCACCUCUUUUUAUAACAUGGUGCCAAUGUAUAAUAUCCUUGAUCAUGUGUGUAAUUCUUAGCAAUUUGUCAAAGUGGUUCCCAAAAUAUAUUAAAUUCCCUUGUGGUAAUCCAUAUACCAAAGAAACACUUAGAAAGGUACUGCCAUUGUCUCUUCUAUUUACUGGAACGAUUGCGACAAACAACUUAUGUUUAAAAUAUGUUGAUGUUGCAUUUUAUUACAUAGGACGUUCACUAACAACUGUAUUUAAUGUUAUUUUCACAUAUCUUAUGCUAGGUCAAAAGACUUCUAUAGAUUGUAUUGCAUGUUGUGCAUUUAUUGUGACUGGAUUCUGGCUUGGUGUAGAUCAAGAACAUAUUGCUGGUUCUUUGUCUAUUCUAGGAACAAUUUUUGGUGUACUAGGAUCAUUAACUCUCUCUUUAUAUUCCAUUCAUAUGAAACAAGUUCUUCCUAAAUUAAAUCAAGAUAUUUGGUUACUUUCUUAUUGUAACAAUGCAUAUAGUGUCAUUAUAUUUCUUCCAUUGAUGUUGGCUAAUGGAGAAUAUAUUACAGUGUACAAUUAUGACAAAAUUGGGUCUUCAUAUUUUUGGUUUGCUAUGAUCAUUGGUGGUAUUUGCGGUUUUGCUAUUGGUUUUGCUACAGCACUUCAGAUAAAAGUAACGUCUCCUUUAACACACAAUAUUAGUGGAACUGCUAAAGCUUGUGCACAAACAGUUUUAGCAACUUAUUGGUUUAAUGAAAAGAAAUCAUAUUUGUGGUGGAUAAGUAACUUUGUUGUGCUUGGUGCUAGUGCAAUGUAUGCUAGAUUGAGACAACUUGAUUUAAGUAGGGAAUACAAAGAAGAAAAACAGCAAUCACAAGUAUGAAAAGAUGUGAAUAAUUUACUCAAAUUAAAAUAUAUAAUAUAGAUUAAAUUUUAUUGUAUAAUUUUAUAUAAAAAUGAUUAAAGAAAUAAAAUUAUUUUUAUAAAA